AGUCCCAUAACCUGAUUGGUUCUCGACGAGUAAACCCUACAUUCCAUAAAGUUUUGCUUUGGCAUCUUGUCUGACAUGUGAAUGAAUUAAUAGCGUUUCUCACAAAUACCACUGAGGUGCUUAUAAGCGCAUUUUACACACUGGAAAUUCACUGUACCCAGAAGAUACCCAACCCAGCGCGCUUCGGGACUGAGUGUAAGCGCAGUACAGGAUUAACUGAAAAUGAUUUGGAUGCACGCUGUCAUUGUGUUCCUGUGUCUUUGUCCAAUCCUCGCUGCAUUUGGGCAGGACUGUCCCAGCAGGCAGGACAUGCAGAGCUCCCUAAAGCAGGUCCAGAAGCUGCUGUCGACCCACGAGGCUGCAUACCUUCAGAGCCUCCGCACCCUGAGGAAGAAACUCAACUUGCUACAGAACACAGCCACUAAACAGACUGGCAAAGCAAACAAUGAUACCUGUCUAAAGCUGGACACGCCUGCCAACAGCAGGAAGUUGGGAAAGGCGCAGACCCCAGGUCACGAGGUUCACUUUCUGUGUGAUGCGGGUUAUGAGUUGGUGGGAGCAGAGAGCAGGAUGUGUCAGGAGAGCCUCACCUGGAGCGGCCAGCAGCCCACCUGCCGCAACAUAAAUGAGUGUGCCUCGUCUCCCUGUCUGAACGGGGGGACAUGUGUGGACGAGAUGAACCAGUUCUCCUGCACGUGUACCAAAGGCUGGGCCGGAGCCACCUGCCAGAGCCCUGUGCCAACAUUCUUUGUCACCAUGACGAACACCUCGUCUGCCACCUCCUCUGCGGCUGCUGCCAUCUCUCCCCCGGCUGUGACUGUUGGUCCGUUUGUCCGUCCGUCUCGCUGUACGCAGGUCCAGGGCACCACCCACUGCACCUGUGACCCCGGAUACACCAUCUCUGGGCGUGACAGCACCACUUGCACAGACAUUGAUGAGUGUGAGUUGUUCCACAUGGGUCAGGCUGGCCGGCUGUGUUUACAUGCCUGUGUUAACACUCCUGGAGGCUACCGCUGUACCUGUCCUGCUGGAUACAAUGUCACCCGCGACGGACGCAACUGCAAAGACAUAGAUGAGUGUGCCACCAGACUGAAUAACUGCACCCGGGACCAGAUGUGUAUAAACACCUACGGAGGGUUCCAGUGUGUACGUGUGGACUGCCCCCGCAUACGAAACUCCACCUACAGCAAAACCUCACCCCUGCGUUGCGAGCGUAACCCCUGCUCUGUGGACAACAAGGUGUGCUCUCAGGCCCCUAACUCCAUCUCCCACCACUACCUGUCUGUCGUAUCCAACCUGUCAGCACCACGCACCAUGUUCCGUGUGUCGGCCCUCCGCCUCAUGGGCGACACGCUGCGUUUCUCCCUGCUGGGCCGCGGGCAGGCCCGACGCCACUUCACGGUGCAGCGGUCAGACCGACAGACAGGCCAGCUGGUGCUGGGGAGCCCGGUGCAAGGCCCUGCUACACUGGAGGCAGAGGUGGAGAUGACCGAGCUGGAGAAAGGGGUCCAGCUGGGGCGGUACAUCACCAAGAUCACCAUGUUCAUCUCCCAGUAUGAGUUCUAGAGAGGGAGAGAGAAAGGUAGGGAUUUAGAGGGUGGAAUGAGGAGAGGGAGGAGGGAGUACUGUGGUAAGAGUUUUGGAGUGUGGCAGUGGAUAGGGCUGGGAGGCUGGGAGGGGUGAGGCACUAAGUCCUAAGGAACAAAGAAGGACCUAAAGGAGAGGGAAGUUUAGUCGAGACAUACAGGUAUGGCAGGAACGGAUGCAUUUGGUAGAGUUGUAUCAAUU